UGCAAGCAGCGACUCUGGCGACUCAUCCGGCAUCUAUUUUUACGGUUUUAACUUUUACCGUUAUUUGUAGACUUUUACUUUGUUUAUGAAUUAUAAUACCUUUUCGCAUUUUAAUUUUUGAUUUCAUGAAAGCUGAAGUUUUUCGUUAAAUUUAGUGUAGUGAAACUAAUUAUUUCCUUAAAAACGGGGGAAACUUGUUGUUGACACCGUAUCAAAACGUGCUCUCCCACCCAGCCAUAUACCACCCAGCCGGCCGCUUUCGACGAACAUUGAAAAGUGCUGAUUGUGAGCGAUAGGUCGGCGGAAAGUGAUUGGUAAUAGCGCAUGAUAUCAGUCCUGUCUUUAGCCAGUAUCGAUUUCCGUCUAUGUGUCGUAAGCUUAUGGCAUAGACUCGAAGCCCCCUCAUUCUGCAUCCGUUCCGCAUUUCCCUGAUAUUUUUGGCUCUCUGAGUGGUGUUGAUCAUGUCCGACGGCCAGAAUGCUGUCGCGGCCCCCGCGGCCGCGGCUGCCGUCCAACAAGGAGCUCCUGGUGGAGCGGCGCCGCAGCAGCAGCGAGGCUUCUGGGACAUCGCCAAGAUGCUGGCGACCCGGGCCCUUUUUAUGUAUUUCCUUACCACCUUCCUGAGCAGUCGGCGGAAUGCACCGGCCACUACGACGACGACGGGUCCGGAUGGAGUGGCCGUGCCCGUUAAAGGAGGACAGAAUGUCUUUGGACCCAUGAUGCCCAUGGAUCUCUAUGCGUAUGUCAGUGAGAGGCCCAGAUUUUACAAGUUUGAUGAGGAGAGUUUAUUCUGGAAGGAAAAUGAAAUCCUGUAUGGUGAUUAUCAGUCCGGUGUUGACGGAGAAGGGACGUUCCGAAAAACGGGAAUUCUGGAAAUUCCGGAGGCUGUUCAGAAAAACGCCAGCAAUUUGUACAUCCAUGUGUAUUUCGUCCAGUCCGGUGCCAGUCCUCGACCAACCGAUUCCAGAUACAACCCAGGCAUGACAUUGUACAAAUCCUUUCAGUUGAAUAAAAUGAAAAAAGUGUCGACAUCGCCGAAGAAACAGAAUCUUCUGACUGGUGAAUCGAAAACACCGGUGAAAGAAGAGGAACCAGACAAGGUUGUUCCUCCUUCCAUUAUGGUCAGCCACUGGCAUCCGAAUUUGACAUUCAACCUGGUGGACGAUCGCACAAUGUGGACGAAAGGAAGAGCUCCGUCGCCGCUGAGUGACUAUUUGGAAUUUGAUGCGGAGGGAAAUUACUUCCCGAUUUUGUAUUUCAAUGACUACUGGAAUUUGAACAAGGACUACAUGCCUUUGAAUGAAACAACAAAAACGGUUAAUUUGACUUUGACGUAUUAUCCACUGUCUUUGUGGAAAUGGCAGCUGUACGUAUCCCAGUCGAUGUCCAACAAGUGGACAAAAAUGUUGAAUGGAGGAUUUUUGGAAGGUGAUGGAGGAGACUCAUCUGGAAACGUUUUGGGCGAUGACAGUGAUUCCAUUAAGGAAGCUUUGCUGGAUACCAAUCCUAUCCUGCUUGCAUUAACCAUGAUCGUGUCUAUCUUGCACACGAUUUUCGAGUUUAUGGCUUUUAAGAACGAUAUUCAGUUUUGGAAAAAUAAGGGCGAAGAUUUGGAAGGGUUGUCGGUGCGAUCGGUGUUUUUUAAUGUCGCUCAGUCAGUCAUCGUCCUGCUUUACGUGAUGGAUAAUGACACUAACCCCAUGGUGAGAAUCUCAAUUGCCAUUGGAUUGGCUAUUGAGAUUUGGAAAAUCAAGAAAGUGAUGAAUGUUUCGUUAGACCGAAAUAAUCUGGUAUUUGGAAUAUUUCCCCGUGUUCGAUUGGAGGACAAGAAGAGCUACGUCGAAUCUAGCACACGCACGUAUGAUCAGUUGGCGUUCAAAUAUUUAUCCUGGAUAUUGUUCCCGUUGAUUUUGGCCUACGGCGCCUACAGCCUGAUGUACGAAGAGCACAAGGGAUGGUACAGCUGGGUGUUAGGCAUGCUGUACGGGUUUUUACUAACAUUUGGAUUUAUUUCAAUGACGCCGCAACUAUUCAUCAAUUACAAACUGAAGUCCGUAGCGCAUCUUCCUUGGCGCAUGAUGACAUACAAGGCGUUAAACACGUUCAUUGAUGAUAUUUUUGCCUUUGUAAUCAAGAUGCCCACCAUGUAUCGAAUCGGCUGCCUCCGCGAUGAUGUGAUAUUUUUCAUAUUCCUAUAUCAGCGCUGGAUUUACCGUGUGGAUCCUAGCCGAGUGAACGAGUAUGGCUAUAGCAAAGAAAUGCUCGAAAAACGAGCCGCUGAAGCGGCAAAUGGCGGGGGUACGGCUGUGAUGGACAGUCCGCGGGAUGAGGACGUUGAUCACAAUUCCGAAUCCGUAUCGGAAAAUUCUUCGGGAGCAUCUGGUGAAGACAGGCCUAGCGACAAAACGGUUACGCGAAGAGCGAAAUCUAGUCGAGCACGCAAAGAGUAAAAGACCAGUAUUCCACUGAGCAAAUUAACUUCUCUUCCUUUCUGGUACUUGAGUUCGUAAUUUUAAUUUGUUCUUGCAGUACGGUGGCGAUUUCUUUGCUUUUAUGAAUACGUGACAUAUGGUUUGCAAAAUGAGAUAUUCGUAGAAUAUUGUUAGGCUCUCGGCAGCUGAUGGUUGUUAGAAUUGAUUUCCAGUUUUCCACACUCUUUUGAUUCGGUUUGUUGUAUUCUGCAGCAUGAAUUUUUAGCUCUGUUUUCAUGUUCGUGCUAGUUCAAAUUGCCAUGAGGAUUAUUGAUAGGAUAAACUUUAUUAUUUUGUUA